AUGGCCGCAUUCCAGACCGCCUACAACACAACAGCAGCCACGUCGGCAGGCCCAAGUGAUCCCAGCGUUAAAAUGUAUAUGAACCCACAUCCUCCCACCGUCAGUUUAGCAGGCUCAAGGAUGGAGAAAUCUGUCUUGGUGUCGGAGGGCCGCUUCCAAUUUGCCUUCCCUUCCCUCCUCGCCGGCUUCAUUGGCUUCCGCGCUGUGCCAGUCAAGUCGCCUCCUCUCCCAGCCCGAGUUGAACAGCAACAGCUCGGAAACAUCUGUCCGCCGCAGAGUGCCUCAGUCCCCGGUCCCUCCGACUGCUCACCUCGGCAAGAAAGACUGAGCGAGGAAGAGAACAAGCAGAAAAGAAACAUAGCGAGGGAGGGAUACAAGACAGAGUCCAGCUAUUCUGCAACAGUGGAGUUAAUCAAGUUGAUGCAUACGGCUACAGGUUAUGAGGACGGCAGAAUGGAGUUCCCAGACCACAGCAGACAUUUGCUCCAGUGUCUGAGCGAGCAGCGGCACCAGGGCUUCCUGUGCGACUCCACGGUGCUGGUGGGUGAUGCUCAGUUCCGUGCUCACCGUGCCGUGCUGGCCUCCUGCAGCAUGUACUUCCACCUCUUCUACAAGGAUCAGCUGGACAAAAGGGACGUGGUCCACCUCAACAGCGACAUUGUCACUGCACCUGCCUUCUCUCUGCUGCUGGAGUUCAUGUACGAGGGAAAACUGCAGUUCCAGAAACUGCCCGUAGAGGAUGUGCUGGCCGCCGCCAGUUACCUGCACAUGUACGACAUCGUCAAGGUGUGUAAGAAGCGGCUGAAGCAGAAGGCCACUGCUGAGGCAGACAGCACGCGCAAAGAGGACGAUGGCUCCAGCUGCUCUGACAAAGCAGACAGUCUAUCAGACGGCUCCACAGGCCGCCCAGCCACCGCUGACCUGCUGCACAGUGACGAAGAGGAAGAAGUGAAGACCAAGACAGCACCGCUGUGGCUUAGGCUGCCCUCCUCUGACAGACCUACCACCCCCGCCAUAGCCCCGGGCAGUCCUGCUAACGGAGAGACCGAGACCCAGAGCGCAGAGAGACUGGCGGAGCACAAACUGCUCUCUCCGGCUGGCAGCCCCAGCAGCUCCACUGGCUCUCUGUCCCGCAGGUCCCCACACUCUCUCAAUCCCCGUAGAGACCACCGGGGUCGCAGGGUGUCCAAUGAAAACUCAGACUGUGUCCUGGACCUGUCUGUCAAACCCAUAGGCAGCAACCACAGCAGCCACCAACCACCAUACUUCAGCGGGACCGCCACGCCAGACAGCCUACAAAGUCCACUGGCCGUCAGGGUCAAAGUGGAGAGAGGUGUAGCCUCAGACGAGGAUGAGGAGCUGGGAGCGGGGGAUUAUGACAUGGAGCACAGUGGACUCAAGGUGACGGCUCCCAGCACCAACGGGGGUCUGGCCCACCACCUGGUGGGGGGUCCACUGUCAGCCCAGAGGAGACUGGGUCUGGAGGCACACCUGUCAGCUCUGCGCGAGGCGUCACUGGCCUCAGAGCUGGAGCGAGAAAACAAGGCUGCGGCAGGUGCAGACGAUGAGGACUUGCUGGUUGGUGAAAACGAGCGUAGUCAGGCUGAGGCGGCGGCUAUGGACAGUGCAUUACUACCCUACGUGUCCAACAUGUUAUCGGCCACUCACACACAAAUCUUCAUGUGCCCUCUGUGUAACAAGGUGUUCCCGUCCCCACACAUCCUACAGCUCCACCUCAGCUCCCACUUCAGAGAACAGGAGGGCAUCCGCUCUAAACCGGCUGGAGAUGUGAACGUGCCCACCUGCACCAUCUGCAGUAAGACCUUCUCCUGCAUGUACACGCUGAAGCGCCAUGAGCGGACUCACUCUGGGGAGAAGCCCUACACUUGUACUACGUGUGGGAAGAGCUUCCAGUACUCUCACAAUCUGAGCCGGCACGCCGUAGUGCACACGCGGGAGAAGCCACACGCGUGUAAGUGGUGUGAGCGCCGCUUUACGCAGUCUGGGGACCUUUACCGGCACAUCCGGACUGGGCCAUAG